AUGGGUCUGCUUCGAAGACCGGCAAGUGCUCACGAUGCUGCGUUGCGGCGCUCGUCCGACGUUGCGAGCAUAUCCCUCAUCCUGCUUUGCCAUCUCUUUGCCUUUGUGGGUGAGCUGGGCCUCUUCCUUCUGAUGUGGCGUUUCCUCAUCAUCAUCAUCAUCCUUGCCAGAAGCUCCAGUCUUGUCAGCCUCAGAUACCACAGUUUCAGAUGGAGGAUGCUACGACCUGGAGCCUUCAGAGGAGAGUCGGCACUGAACACCGAAGCCCUGGGGCAGGAGCAGCGCUGGGAGCGGCUGCGGCCGCCCGGCGAGGCGCCCGAAAGGCGGAGUGACUGCAGCGCGGCCGUGGCCGGGCAGCGGAUGCUCCUCUUCGGAGGUUACGAUGGAAAUCGUCUGGCCGACCUCUGGAGCUUCGACCUGCAGGGGCUGAUCCAGCCCGCGGCUCCUGAGGCUGCGCAGGCGGAGCUUCCGGAGGCGGUGCACGAGGACCUGGACCUCCAGGGCUGCUGGGCCCAAGCUGGCCGAGGCAUCCUGCUGCCGGCGCGUGGCUACGAGGGCGGCCCCGCCGCUGCAGCGCCGGCAGUACCUGCCCCUGCCGCAGCACUGCCAGGGCUGCCAGGGGCAGCCGCUCCACCCCCCCCACCCGCGGCAGCAGCUGCCGCGGCGCCAGCAGCUGCUGCGGCGCCAGCAGCUGCCGCAGCGCCAGCAGCUGCCGCGCCGGAGGCUCCUCCAAUCCCCUUCCGGGAGGCGUGGAAGUUUCAGCUGAGCCUGACAAGUCUCACAGCCAAGCCUACGUACAUUGAUUGCAACUGCUGCGACUGUUGA